AAUGUUGAGAAUGCUGAGUAAUGUCCCGAAGAGUAGUGUCUUUUAAGACAUGAAUUGACGGAUUCAAACUUUUCACCACCAAUAUUUGUAGUAAGUGUGAUCCUAACAUACAACGUACAUACAGACGUAUUGUAUGACAAGCAUCUCUGAAAUUUGCAUAACUGAUUUUAGAUUUCGGACUAGAAAUGGGUGUCUUAAGUUUGAAGCUCGAAUUUUCCGGUGGAGUGGAGUCAUUGUUUGACAUGCAGAAAGAAUUCGAUAUACAGGUCCCAAAUGAAUCGGGGCCAUUACUAGUUAGUGAUUUGAUGCGAUACAUCUGUAUUAACUUAAUGCCGAACAAAUCAAGGUCUCAUCUACUUGUGGAUAAGGACGGCGAAGAUGUACGACCUGGAAUAUUGGUACUCGUUAAUGAAGUGGACUGGGAUUUGCUGCAAGGACCUAAAACGGCCCUGGAGGAUGGUGACGUCGUUUCAUUCAUCUCUACUCUACACGGCGGGUGAGACAGCCUUCUUUUAUUUGUUUAUGUCUGUGUAAUAAAUAUCUGAUUUAAUUCACUUGAAUUUGCACAUUAUUCGACUUGUUACUUGUUAUUAUGAGAAUAUAUGAAAAUUCCGAGCUUAUUCGCGAAUUGGCUAUCAUAUGUUUGGGUAUCGUGAUAUGUAUCACAUAAACAGUAUCAUAUGUUAACAUUACUAUCGUUGCAUAUCAAUGUUGUCACAUAGCGCGUUAUUUUACUAGAACUAUCAGGAAAGCAUUUUUCUGAUAGGUUUUGACAUACAAUCUUGAAUAAUAAAGGAAAAGUAAAAAAGAAAGAAGACGUCAUAUGAUUCCCAGUUGACUACAUACUAAUUAAAAACAUCAACUAAACUUCUAAAUCGGAUUUCCUGGAAUUGAUCGAUUUAUUUCUGAGCUUUAUUUUAAACGUAAACUUGUUCAGAUCCAAAUACAAC